AUGGGUAAUGCUUUUCUUCUUCAGGAUGGUGACUACGCUGAGAGCUUGAAGGAGUUCAGUGCCAAUAACAUUAGGGACACCUUCAGAGUUAUACUUGAGAUGGGUGUGGUUCUUAUGUUCGGAGGACAAAUGAAUAUUGUCAAGGUGGGAAGAAUGGUGGAUUGGGUCAGAGGGGCAUGGCAGCCCUCUGAAGAUCAGUUCUUGUCUGUCACACCAGAGGAAGAGAAAGUAGAAGAAGUACCUGAAAUAACCCAUAGAGUGUACCUGGAUAUUGUUAUUGAGGAACAGCGCUUAGGUAGAAUUGUGAUUGGAUUAUACAGUCAGGUUGUACCAAAAACUGUUGAAAAUUUCAGGGCAUUGUGCACAGGAGAAAAAGGUAAAGGUGUUAAUGGAAAAUUACUCCACUAUAAGGGAACGCCAUUUCAUCGUAUCGUAUCUGGGUUCAUGAUUCAAGGUGGAGAUAUCAUUCAUGGUGAUGGGAAGGGAUAUGAAUUGAUAUAUGGUGGCACUUUUGCUGAUGAGAAUUUCAAAGUGAAACAUUCACACGCAGGUACUAUUUCUAUGGUGAAUACAGGACCUGAUUCCAAUGGCUCACAAUUCUUUAUCACCACAAUCAAGGCUAGUUAG